CGCCAUUGAACCUGAUUCCCGUUGGCCCGGGAAAAAGAGGAGGAGAAGGAAGGGGCCGGGCGGGUCCCCGCCCCUCGCUCCCCGGAUGGAUGCGCCGGGCCCCGUGUCCCGGCGGGCGGCGGCGGCGGCGGCCACCAUGCUCCUGCGCACGGCUCGGGUCCCUCGCGAGUGCUGGUUCUUGCCCACUGCGCUGCUCUGCGUCUACGGCUUCUUCGCCAGCCUCCGACCGUCCGAGCCCUUCCUGACCCCCUACUUGCUGGGGCCGGACAAGAACCUCACCAACCUCGAGGUCUUCAAUAAAAUCUAUCCAGUAUGGACUUACUCUUACCUGGUGCUAUUGUUUCCUGUGUUCCUUGCCACAGACUACCUCCGUUACAAACCUGUUGUUCUGCUGCAGGGACUCAGCCUUAUUGUUACAUGGUUCAUGCUGCUCUAUGCCCAGGGACUGCUGGCCAUUCAGUUCUUGGAAUUCUUCUAUGGCAUUGCCACAGCCACUGAAAUUGCCUACUACUCUUAUAUCUACAGUGUGGUAGACCUGGGCAUGUACCAGAAAGUCACAAGUUACUGCCGAAGUGCCACAUUGGUGGGCUUCACAGUGGGCGCUGUCCUGGGCCAAAUCCUUGUCUCGGUGGCAGACUGGUCCCUGUUUAGCCUGAACGUCAUCUCUCUGACCUGUGUUUCUGUGGCUUUUGCUGUGGCUUGGUUUCUCCCCAUGCCACAGAAGAGCCUUUUCUUUCACCAUGUUCCACCCACCUGCCAUGCAGUGAACGGCAUCAAGGCACCAAGUGGUGGUAUUGUUACUGACACCCCAGCUGCUAGCCACCUUCCAGGAUGGGAAGACAUCGAGUCAAAAAUCCCUUUAAAUGUGGAGGAGCUUCCCACCGAGGAACCAGAAGCCACGCCAGACCGCCUCCUCGUGCUGAAGGUCCUAUGGAAUGAUUUUCUGGUGUGCUACUCCUCUCGCCCUCUGCUCUGCUGGUCUGUGUGGUGGGCCCUCUCUACCUGCGGCUAUUUCCAAGUUGUGAACUACACACAGGGCCUGUGGGAGCAAGUGGAGCCUUCUCGAAAAGCUGCUAUUUAUAAUGGUGGUGUGGAGGCAGUUUCAACCUUACUGGGUGCUGUUGCCGUGUUUGCAGUUGGCUAUAUAAAAAUAUCAUGGUCAACGUGGGGAGAAAUGACAUUGUCUCUGUUUUCCCUUCUGAUUGCUGCCGCGGUGUAUAUUAUGAACAUCGUGAGGAACAUUUGGGUGUGCUACGCAUCCUAUGUUGUCUUCAGAAUCAUCUACAUGCUACUCAUCACUAUAGCAACUUUCCAGAUUGCUGCAAACCUCAGCAUGGAACGUUACGCACUAGUGUUUGGUGUCAACACCUUCAUUGCCCUAGCACUGCAGACUCUGCUCACGCUUAUUGUGGUAGAUGACAGUGUUCUCGGCUUAAAAAUUACCACUCAGUUCCUGAUCUAUGCCAGUUACUUUGCACUCAUUGCUGUGGUUUUCCUGGUUAGUGGUGCAGUCAGUAUUAUGAAGAAAUACAGAAAACGAGAAGAUCCAGAAUCAAGUUCUCAAAUAACCACUUCAUAAUAUGCACUGCUGAAAGUCAUCUUACAGCAAGAACUCUGCACAGCAACUGGGCCUGGAUGCAUUUACUUUUUUAGGGCAUAGACCUAUAUUUAUGAAUGUGCAUUUCAUGGCUUCAAAGCAACCACUUGACUAUUAAUAACUUGUGUCUGGGACUAAUAGCAGAUUGUUGAAAGGAGCCAGAAGUUCAUUUCAUGUGGUAUUUAUGAGCGCUAAACAAUGGAUGACUUUUUCCUGAUUCAAGUGAGCUCGAUUUUGAAACUAAUUAAUCAAGAACAAUCAAGCUGCACAUGGCUUGUAUACUUAAUUAGCAAGUGAGUUUGAUGUUCUGUAGGUCAAGUACAUCUCUCUCCUUUUGGCCAGAGGCUUGGCCUGUUGGAACCAGUGCUUUACAGGGGCCGCAGAUAGCACAGGUCACGAUGGAAAUGUUUUAGCAGUACGUGCCUCUGUUCAACCUAAUUUUUGUUUCUGUGUUUACCCAUGUGCAUUUGUGUUUCUACAGAUGAAAUGUAUUCCUAUUCACUGGCAAUAUUUGCUCUGGUAUUGUAUUCUCUAAGGAGUAUGGGUCAUUUCUAAUUUUAAGUUAUUAGAAAAAGUUAAUUGUAUGGAUAUUCUUCUCAAUAGUUGUCUUGACAAUUAUGUGUGUGUAGGUUUUCCUUAGAAUUACAUUGUUUGCAUUGUUCAUAUGCUUCCUAGAGAAGCUCACAUAGUUACAAAAGAAGACAAGCUUUGAAACCUGCUAACGACCCUAAAGCAAGAGACUGAAUCAGAAUAGGGAAAGUGGGUUUCCUGCUUGUCUUUAAUUCUUCAUUAUGGAAGACUGCCAUUUCCAUGAUGAAAACUUAGUAUAGGGAUAUGAAUGAACCCAUUGUUAUUUGCAUUCCCUUUAUUUCUAAAAUAAAAUGGAAACUUUUUAAAUAAUUCCAUCUCCAUUUAUAGCUUUUACAUGGUUUUGUCCUUCUAACACUAGAGAAGGAUGUUGUUAGGAGUUGGAUUGUCCCAAGGACUUUCCAUAAAAUGAGCCUCUUUUCCACUAUUUCAAUAGGACAGAACCUUGGAUAGACUCGAUUCCUGUAAAAUCUGCCUUUGUUUCUAAGGGUGGAUAGCCCUGGAUAUUUACUAAAGAUAAAAGUUGCUAGUAUUCUAAUCCCCGGUUACUUGAAGAAGCGCCAGUGAGUAUGCAUUUACUUUUAGAAUCUCGAUAUAGUGGCUGCUGUCUAUGUGAGGUGUGAAGACUAUUUUACAUUUUUGAAAAGGCCAACUUUUUUACUUUCUCUUGAAAAAGUUUGUAUGUAGGUGCUUUUAAAUACAAAGUUAACUUUUCAGAAUGACACAGCUAAACAGUGUUAAUAACGAUUUGAAGAUUAUGAAAUUGAUAAUUCAUUUGGUUUAAGCCAGAAUCCGAGAGACAAAUGGAAGGACGGAAUGGGUAGCUUGCUGUUCACCACUCUCUCUCAGUAAAGGAAAGAAAAGGGGCGUUGAUGAAAGGAGGAAGGGCAUGAUGUCUUCAGCGCAGCACCAGCUUGACCUGUGUUGGUUUAGUUUUGUACCCCCUUUUUUUGAGGCCAGGUAGGAAAUUAUUUACUGAGAAACAAGUGGAAAAAUGGUAUUUGAGAGUUUCUAAAAAUCAUUUUUCCUUUUUGUUUUAUUAAAAGGUCAUUUUUUUUAUUGGGGGGCUCUUACAGCUCUUAUAA